UAUUAAAUUAAUAGCAUGUUACCUUGCUUUUGUUUAUUUAAUCGUUUGUAUAUUUAUUUUUCUUUUCUCCCUUCAGUCAAGCAAGUUUUUAGUGAAUUGGACUUCCUUGGUUGGUAUACUACUGGUGAUAAUGUAAAUGAAUCUGAUAUCAAAAUUCACAAACAGCCAUUAUUCUUAAAACUUAAUCCAGUUGGAAGGCAUACGGAACUUCCAGUCUUGAUGUAUGAAUCUGUAAUUGAUUUAGUAGUGGCCGAGGCCACAAUGUUGUUUGUUGAAUUGUCAUAUACACUUGCUACUGAAGAAGCUGAAAGAAUUGGGUUAGAUCAUAUGGCAAGAAUGUCAGCAAAUGAAGCUGGGGAAAGUUCUUUAGUUGCAGAGCAGUUGCAAGCUCAACAUAGUGCCAUUAAAAUGCUUCAUAGUCGAGUUCGUCUAAUAUUAGAUUAUAUUCGAGCUGUAAAAGAAGGAAAGGUUCCUGCAAACCAUGAAAUUUUGAGAGAAGCAUAUAGUUUAUGUCACAGAUUACCUGUUAUUUCUACAGAUUUUUUCAAAGAAGAGUACUUUAAUCAAUGUAAUGAUGUUGGACUUAUGACUUACCUUGGAACUCUCACUAAAGGCUGUAAUACAAUAAAUCAGUUUGUAAACAAGUUCAACAUUCUGUAUGAUAGACAAGGAAUGGGAAGACGAAUGAAAGGAUUUUUCUUCUAGUAGCAUUUUAACAAUUCUAACUUUAUCAUGUACAACUGUAAAUUCAUUUUCAUAUAAAGAUUUUUUGUUUGUAAAUAAAUUUAUUCUGGUUAAACUACUG